GUUGUAUUUGAAGCGCAACAGCAUACCUAGUAUCAUAGAUAUAUUAUGAUCUGAGCCUAGUAUUAAAUACGGCGGUGUUUCAUGAAGGAGUGCAAUAUUAUAGAUAACACAAUGCAGUUACAUUUUAUUGGUAUGAUUAUUGUCACAUUUGGACUUGGUGAAGUCAUGUGCCGAACAUUUACCACGGAAGAGGGUCCAUUCAAUUUGAUUAUGUACAACACCUCAAACUGCGUUAAGGAGCAGCCUUGGUUCCAGACCAACGUCACAGUCUUCAAAGACAAGAAUGUCCUCCACGGAACUAUCGUCAACAAGAAGGAAAUAAAAAACGUCAAGUUCCGCAUUCAAGCAUACUACUUAGACCAAGGCAAGAUAAAAGUUUUCGAGAUAAAGAACCAGAACUGCCAGAAUACGAUCAUACAGAUGGUGCUCAAAACACUUGGCAUACCCUACAAUGGUCAGAAGUGCACAAUGAAACCGAUAAAUGCAGAGUUCAACAACCUUAACUUGGAUGCAGUCUUCCACAUGGUGGUGCAGAAGAUCUGGUACGGCUCCAUGGUAAUCAGGUGGGAGAUCGCCGAGCCCGCCGCCACGAUCAUGUGUCUCGAUAUCCACGCGCAGAUUGUCAAAGCUAAGACUGUGGACAAUAAGGAAAAUUCUUAAUCGCCAUGCAAAUUUAUCGUUCUGAGUACUACAUUAUUUAUAUAAUGUCCAAUAACUUUAUUUGUCAAAUAAACAAUUUCUAUAACUGCAA